UGGCCUUUACUUAUGCACUCAUUGCAUAAUAAAAUUACUGACAACAAUUCAAAUUUAUAGUACACAAGAACGUCGUUUCUGCAAGAAUGCUUCGCAUGCAUUACAUCAUUCGACUCGUGUCACCCCGUGACAACUCUGACCCCUGCCAAUGAUAUCAUCGUUCAAUUAUCUAAGGAGAUAUUAUCCGCUGUUCCACGCUGUUUCAUUCGUUCCAAUUCGUUCCUGACAUGUGAGAAUCGGCCUUCGACCGGAGACUUCAAGUGUCGUUUUCGCGGUGCCGUUGUUUGCUCGUCUCGUGUCACCAUGAAUUACAUGAAUUGACGCUCGACGGCUCGAGUCGAUCGCUCAAAGAGGAGAGCACGUGCUUGAAUACGAUCUCUCCGUGUGCACAGCUCUAACCUUUCGUUGCAUUUACUUCAGGAGGAAAGAACCUCGAUGAAGUGAAACACGCCGAAUCUCAGACGCACCCCAGCGACGUUUCUUACAGCGGUUAAGGCGCAUCCUAAGAUUCACCAUGUAUCAGAAGCUGGGCCUCGAGGUCGAGUACCUCACGGAACAGCACCUCACCGGUUUCGAGAGUUACAGAUAUAGCUCCAUAGAUACAAGCCCUCUCAGCGUGUACAUCAUGCAUCCAUUUUGGAACAAAGUAGUCCAGUACUGUCCAAAAUGGGUCGCCCCUAACCUGUUAACUUUCUCUGGAUUUUUCUUCACUGUCAUGAACUUCAUAAUGUUCGCCAGUUACGAUUAUUAUCUGUACGCAUCCAGCGACGAUAAACCACAAUAUCCUCCCAUACCGCGAUGGGUUUUCGCUCUGGGUGCAUUCAACGUUUUCAUGGCGUACACUUUGGAUGGCAUCGAUGGAAAGCAAGCGAGACGUACGCAAACGUCUGGUCCCUUGGGAGAAUUGUUUGACCACGGCCUGGAUAGUUGGACGACGAUACUCAUUGCAGUUUGCAUGUUCUCUGUAUUUGGCAGAACAGACCACAGCGUAUCCCCGCUGAGGAUGUAUUUCAUACUCUGGAGUGUCUUUAUUAAUUUCUAUUUAACUCAUUGGGAAAAGUAUAACACCGGGGUAUUAUUCCUUCCUUGGGGAUACGAUUUGUCUAUGGUGGGUACUAUUAUAGUGUUUCUUAUAUCGAGUGUAGGAGGACAUAAGACUUGGAAAUUCAUGCUACCUGGUCAGAUAUCGGUAGGAGUGAUGUUCGAGCUGAUUCUCUACAUCACCGCGAUCGUGGCCAGUUUGCCCGUGGUUCUUUGGAAUAUAUACACGUCGUAUAGGGACAAGACUGGCAAAAUGCGAACGUUUUCAGAUGCCAUAAGACCUCUCUUGCCUUUGGCUAUACUUUUCACAGUCUCCACGAUUUGGGUAGUGCAUUCGCCUAGCAAUAUCGUGGAGAAAGAUCCGCGGAUUGUUUUCUUGACCGUUGGAACGAUCUUCUCGAACAUAUGCUGUCGGUUGAUCGUGUCACAAAUGAGCAACACGAGAUGCGAGCUUUUGUCGUGGAUAUUGCUGCCCGUGGGAGUCGCAGCAGCUUUCUCGUUUAUCUUGCCUAGCGUAGAUCUGGUGUUUACGUACAUCGUCGCAAUCGUAGCGUUGCUGGCGCAUAUUCAUUAUGGCACUUGCGUGGUGCGUCAGAUGUGUCGUCACUUCCGUAUCUACACGUUCCGUAUCAAGGAUCGUUCCGAUUGACUACUUGCCGACGAUACGUGUUAAAAACGAAGAACAGAUCAUCGAGUCGGAGAUAGUUACGAACCAACGAGUACAGAGCAGACAGAAGGAAGACGUGAAAUGGUGGUUCGACGUGAAAUUAUCGUUGACAAUGAAUUAUAGCAACAGGACUUAAAGGAAGCUUCCAAGUACGGGACAGUGGAUCGAACUAGUUAAUUCGCUUGCAUACAAUCAUCGCUGAUCACAUAUCCAAGAAAGAAGUACCUGUUAAGUGAUCUUAUUUAACCGUUCGAAAUCAUUUAAAUCUCAUAUUGCUGUGAUACGUAGUCGCAGAAGUUACGCUUGUUUUUUGUACUUUGAGUAAGUUAAUGCUUUAGGUGCUAAGACUCGAACGUUCGUCGCGCCCAAAGAAUUAACGAGCGUUUAGGGCAAUCGUAAAACAAAACAGUCAUUAACUUCUUUGUUGUCUUUUUGUGUUCUGUUCGUAUACUCUGACUGUGGGUAGGAGCAUUUUCGUUCUUCGUUUUUAACAUGUAUCGUCUGUGGUUUUAAUCGCUAUGCUUGCUCGAUUUCCUUCGUAGAAAUCAUCGGAAUUCGCGUGUACGCGUCGCAAGAAAUCUCGGAUCACCGAGAUCUACGGGUUUCUGCGCCGCAUUCACGCCGAGUCGACUUAGAGUAAUGAACUUUGAUACGGAUUAAUGGAGGAAGAGUACGUCGGUGUGAUCGGGUACACGCAAGAGAUAUUAUUUAUUUUGUGUAAGAAUGCAUGUGUGUUAUUUUGCGUUUAACGGAGACCUAGCGUCGAUCUUUAUCAUCGAUACAACAACGACAGCAUCAAAUUGUAGUAACAGAUUUCGAAAGUCAGUAACUUACGAAGUAGGCAAAGUUAGGAUUGUCAAUUCAGUGGAAAGUGAUGGAAAUUUGCGUUUCUAUCGUGAUAUGUUAUUGAACGAAUGGCCAAAAACUGAUAGUUCAGCGAGAAGAGUAUUCCAUGUAUAUAAUAUAUAUAUAUAUAUUUUUUUUUUUCUUUGGAAACAUGGGAUGCGCGUUAUUGUAUACUCAGAAUUAUUGUACAGAUGCUAGAUCUUCAACGUGGGAAGAAAUUUUAUUAGAAUGAUUACCUGCGCAACAUGUUGUUACAACUAAAGAAUGCUGUCCCACCUUUCGUAAGUUACUUUAUCAAUUUCGCAGAGCUGAUGUUUCUUGAAAGCAUAUUAUUCAUGACAAUAGUAGGUAAUGUACGAUACGUAGAUGGUAACUAUUAUUUAAAUUAUUUUUUAAAUUCUUACGGACUAUUUAUUGACUGAACUUGAUGGUUUGCGAGAGACCAGAAAACAUCAGGCCAAAUGUUACCAAAAUGCGUUUAUGUAAAUGUAUAUCUAGUAGCUAGUAUCUGCACAUUAAAUACUACAUAGCCGUUAAAGCGUCCCACGUUGGAAGAAUAAAAGUUGGAAUCUUUUCGUUAAGAUUCUAGUGAAAUUCAGUUUUAAGUUUAAUUGUUACGAUAACGUAAGUCAAUGUAGAAUAAAUUAAACGAUGUAAACAUGCAUUUUCAUAGAUUUUUAGCGAUUACACGUAUAAAAGUUCUGCGUUACAAAAGUCUAUAAAUUUAUUAUUCGUAUAUUCGAUAGUUCGCUAGUCCAUUUUACAUUAUUGAUUCGUGUAACAGUACAACAAUUGAAUGUUCAUAGAAUUAAUUCGGUUUAUUAACGAAAUUUUUUGUAAAGUUUAGUACGUGUACAUAUACGUAACCUUGUGAAAAUGUGUAGUUCACGCGUAGCGAUUUUCAGUAUCGAAAUUUGUCAAUAAUUUAAACAUUUACACCAUAACCGUGCAAAUAGCAUUUAGCGAUUCCUAUGUAAUCCGUUCUAACUAAAUUGCUGUGUAACUUUAUUCUUUAAAUAUGUAAUUUCGUUCCGAUGUAAUUAUGCCUCAAUUUACUGUGUAUAACUUUUAUCAGUGGUAAAUGUAAUCAUACUACUUUCCAAGCAUUUAUUUCUGCCAAAGAUAUUAAAAAGACUUUGUGUAAACCGAA